GAUUAUCUAUCUGAAGUAGGAUAUGUUUUUAAAAAAUUUUCAGUUUUGAACUUUUGAAUGCAACAAUUGCAUGCUGUCAACUCUACAAACUCAACCUGGAAGAAUGAAUUGUCUUCUGUUAUUUGGGCUUUUAAUAUGUGCAGUGAAUGCAAAAACUGUCGGACUGUUUAACGCUGAAGCAAUUAUAAAUGAAAUCAACUCUGCCAACACAACCUGGAAGGCAGGGCAUAAUUUUGCUAAGGAUACACCAUUAAGGUACAUCAAAAAACUUCUUGGUGUCGUACCAUCAGGCGAGCCUAAAAUCCUAUUGCAAUUGAACAAACGUGUAACAAGCGACGAUGAACUUCCAAAUGAAUUCGAUGCUCGUAAAAAGUGGCCGAAUUGUCCAACCGUAAGCCAUAUUCAUGACCAAGGAUCAUGCGGAUCUUGCUGGGCUAUAUCAACUGCUGCAGUUUUUUCAGACAGACUCUGCAUAUUUUCUGGUGGAAAAUUUACACUUCCACUUUCUUCUCACAACCUUUUAACUUGUUGCACUGAUUGUGGCUAUGGGUGUGACGGAGGAACACCUUUUCCAGCAUGGGAUUAUUUCAAGAACAAUGGUUUGGUCACUGGGGGUGGUUAUAACAGUUCAGUUGGUUGUCAACCUUACGAAGUUCCAGAAUGCGAUCACUAUACAAAAGGAAAAAGGCCUGAUUGUGCAACUUUACCUGAUUUCCAGACACCUCCAUGCCAAAUGACAUGUUUAAACUCAGAGUACAAAACCAAUUUAAAAAACGACCGCCAUAAAAUGAAAACAAUUUACUCUGUUAGCUCAGACGUAAAAGAAAUUCAGAAGGAGUUAAUGACAAAUGGGCCCGUGAGUUCCAUGUUCAAAAUAUACUCUGAUUUUCCGUACUACAAGAGUGGCGUUUAUCAGCAUAUAUCUGGGAAAUAUCUUGGAAACCAUGCCGUUAGGCUUCUUGGUUGGGGAACGGAAAACGGAAUUCCGUACUGGCUUGUUGCCAACUCAUGGAACACAAACUGGGGUGACAAAGGUCUCUUCAAAAUACUAAGAGGGCAAAAUGAGUGUAAAAUUGAAUCAAGUGUGCAAGGUGGCGAACCAUAUGUAUAAACACUGUUAAAAACCAUUGAAAUUAUGUUUGUAGAUCGAUCUGCAGAUAAUCAAUGUAGAGUUCAAAACUUCUUUCACCUAGUUAAGACCUUAAAGAAGAUUUGAACUCUACACCAUUGAAAUUGUUACUAUUUAUAUAUUUUUUUAAUAUUGCUUUAUGCAUAAUAUACUAAUACAGAUUAAAACAAUUUAGUUGUCA